AUGACAACAAAUCAACUGAAUGUUGAUUGUGAUAAUAAGACUGAAGAAUGUGGAAAGAUAGGCCAAGACAGACCAGUACCUAAUUCUCCAGUAUAUGAUACAAACAUCCAGCAGAAAUGUUUCACAAAAGACGAAAAUAUAGACCAUACACUACUCGAUAGAUAUUUAGCUAAAAUCCAUUCAAAUAUGGAUUCAAGAUAUCCACCUCCGGGAAUACAAUUUUUAGAUUCACGUAAACCGAAUUCUUUGUUUCCAUCUAAAGUGACAUUUCCUACACGAAAUACAGAUAAAAAUAAUGAAAUAAUCGCGGGAAGCACAAAUGUUAAUUUUGAUUUAUCAAAAAUUUAUCAAAAACACGAUUGGAAUAUUCCGCUGACUCCAUCACUACAAAUCACACUUACACAGAAUUUCUGUGCUUAUUUUUAUUAUCGUUAUUGUAAUUCAAUGGGUGACAUCAUGACGGAAAAUGUUAAACGUCAAGAGAGGCCAUUAUCAUCAUCCUCAUCAGCAGCACAAGAAGUUGAAAAGACAUAUCAAAGAGGAAGAAGAAGAGGAGGACAAAAAUCACCAGAACACAGUCAACGGAAUAUACCAUCGCCAACAAUGCAUUCGUCCUGCUCCUCCUCCUCCUCCUCCUCCUCGCCAUCAUCGUCAGUAUCGUCAGCAGCAGAAACAUCAUCGUCGUCGUCGUCGUCCUUGUCCUCAUUGUCAUCACCAUCACAUCUAUCGCAGUCUGUUCAUCAACAGUCAGUUAGACAUAGAAAAUAUAAACACUCUAAAAAAGGAAGACGUCGUUUUCAGCGUAGUAACUUAUGUCCAUUCUUUUUUGUUGGCAGUUUAUCAAAUGCUAUAAAGUUGUCAGAACGUCCAAAUGGUAGACCUUGGCCUGUUGUCCUACUUUACCUACAUCAUGAAGAAAGUCCGUAUACACAAGAAUUUGUUACCAAAAUCCUAUGCUCUACAAACGAUGAUACCUUGAAACAACAAUCCCGAGAACAAGAAGAACAAGAAGAAAAAGAAACGGUGCAAGAACGUUCUUUUGACUAUCAUCACUCCUACAAACACCGGCAUCAUCAUCACGAUCAUCAUCAACAACAACAACAGCGACACCAGCAUCAAGGCAAAAAAGAUAAACAAAAUCUACACAGAAGGGAACAUUUCCACAUAAGUAAUGAUGACGAAAACGCAGAAAAUGUGACAGAAGAAAAAAUGUCCACUGGAUUAAACGAUGCCUUAUCUGAUAAACUAAAUGAUUUCAACAAUGAUGUAAUCCUACCACAACCAUCAAAUUCUUCAUGA